AAAUCAUUCGAUGGCCACAAAAUAAACGCGUCUCAUUCUUGUAUCGGAUUUCAAUUAAUUCAGUCGCAUAUUGAUUUCAUUCAUUUUACACUUUGAAACGAAAUAUCCCGAGAGAAUAAUGUUAAAGUUAAAGUUAAGUCUUCGGAAAGCUUUUGUGGUGGUUUCUUCGUUUUGUCUGUUCGCAAACAUAUGGCUAUUGAUACAUAUUACCAGAAAAAAACGAACGGAAAUUCACAAUGAACCUAAACUAAUAAUUGCAUCCGUUAUAUUUCGGCAUGGCGAUCGCAAUCCUACGCGCACAUUUCCAACCGAUCCAAAUCGAGACGUAUCAUGGCCAGAAGGUCGAAGCGCGCUUACUCAAAUUGGUGUGGAGCAAGCUUAUGAAUUAGGCGCUUAUCUGCGCAGAAGAUAUGCAUCACUGCUUGGAGAUGGCCCUCAUUCAGAUGAUAUUGUGUAUGUUCAAAGCAGCAAACAAAGCCGUACCUUAAUUACUGGAGCUAUAUGUUUAGCCGCUUUAUUAUUUCCAUCCAAGAAAGACCAAAUAUUGAAUAGAGAUUUAUCGUGGCAAUCGUUACCGAUUUAUACAGUUUCAAAAGAAGAAGACUAUAUUUUAUAUCACGGAAAGAAAUGUCAACGCUAUGAACGUGCCUUCGACGAAUAUUUAGAAUCACCUGAAUUCACCGCUCUUAUGGCUCGACACAAAAAGAUGUUCCGUCAAUUGCAAAAGCGGAGUGGAAUGGAAAUCAACACAUUUCAUGAUGCAAAGCGUCUAUACAAUGUACUUUGGAUCGAAAAGCUUCAAAAUAAAACUUUGCCCGCUUGGGGAAUUGAAGCAUUGGAAAAUGAUGAUUUCAAACGGGUUGUAGGUCAAACGUACCAACUCAAAACCAAUACAACGCUUUUGGCUCGUUUACACAGUGGAUUUUUUAUACGAGAAAUUUUGGAGAGUUUACAACAAAAAAUAAAUGGAACUCUAUCGCCCGAUCGCUCCCUCUUUCUAUACUCAGCCUCUGGAAAUACGAUCGCCAAGGUUCUCAAUGCUCUAGGACUAUUCGAUGUACGCGCUCCACCGUAUGCUUCGAGUCUUCAUUUCGAAGUGUACUCUUCGAACGAUGAAUACCACAUGCAAAUAAUCUACCGAAACACAGAUGAUGAAAAUCCAUGUCCAUUGGAGAUCCCAUCGUGUGGAGCAAAAUGCUCACUAGAACAGUUCAAGAGCAUCUACAGUACAAUCAUACCGACCGGAACAUUUGACGAAGAAUGCGAAUUGUCGUAAUUUUUGUAGAAUUAAGUACUCAUUAGACUUCAUGUGCUCUCAAUAAAUUGGUCUCUCUCUCAAUAAAUUGGUCAUUUCA